GGACAGCGAAUGGUCUUUUCUGGGGUUCUCGCUGUUUUAUGGGUAUUCUGUAUUAUAUUGGUGUUUUUCUUUGGUGCAUGCUUGGUUUAGAAGAGGGUAGGGUUGUUGCUGAUGGCUUGUAUGUCUUUCAAUAUAUUAUUACAAAGAAGAGAUCAUUGAUGUUUGUGGAAAUCGAGCCUGAAUCCGAACUUGAAACGGAGCCUGAGCCUGACCAUCCGAGCUUGAACCAAAUUGAGCCUGAGCCGAGCUCUUAUUCUAUCGAGCCGAGCCUGAAUAUGCUGAAGCUUGGCUCGGCUCUUUUGCAGCCCUACCUGCUGCAGCACUGAACUGAAGCUGCUCCACUCGUAACCAUUACUCUUGCCUCAGUUUUGCGCAAGUGAUCGGAGAGAGAAAUGUUGCAUGAGCUUCUCCUUGCACUCUUAGGAUACACCGGCGAUCUCAUCAUUGAUGAGAGAGACCACCAAAACUCCAUUGGCGUUCGUUUUUCCCCGGACGCUCCUGCCUCGGAUGAAUGCCCCUUCAAGCUCGCUCCCGAUCUCUCCUUCAUCCAACCUAGCGACAGGGAUGCUAUUGAGAAAAUCAUUUCACUAGGGUUUUGUUAUAAGGAGCUUGAUCGAUUUGCAACAGAAUCACGGGAUUUGAGUUGGAUAAGGUCUUCAGAUGACUCUCCUCUUUCCCGAACUUUUGAAUUACAGCAGGGGAAAACUCAGAAGUCAAGCGUCUACCGCAGGGGCAUUGCUAAUGGCAUUGUUGAGAUACUGUCAAUCUACAGGUCUGCUGUACUGCACAUUGAGCAAAAAUUGUUGUCAGAUCCUGUGCCCCUGUUGGCAACGGUAACUCAAGGCCUGAAUAAGUUUUUUAUUCUCUUGCCACCUCUUUACGACCUCAUUCUAGAGAUUGAGCAUGAUGAUAUUCGUGGAGGACAACUUUUAAAUCUUUUGCACAAGCGAUGCCAUUGUGGGGUGCCUGAAUUGCAGACCUGCAUUCAAAGGCUUCUUUGGCAUGGGCAUCAGGUCCUGUAUAACCAGCUUGCAUCUUGGAUGGUUUAUGGGAUUCUUCAGGAUCAGCAUGGAGAAUUUUUCAUUAGAAGGCAGGAAGAUAAGGACAUAGAGCAUGGUGCAUCUCAUCCAGAUGUGCUUGAAAAGUUGGCACGCAUGUCCACUGAUGACGCAUCAUUAACAGAUUGGCACUUGGGAUUUCAUAUUUUUUUGGAUAUGCUGCCAGAGUAUAUCCAUAUGCAUGUGGCAGAAUCGAUUCAUUUUGCUGGUAAAGCAAUCAGAGUUCUUCGGAAUCCAAGCCCUGCCUUUUUAUACCAGGAUGCUAUCCAUAAUCAGCGGAUACCAAAAGGAUCGCAGAGAAUUCAAGGAUCUCCAGGAUGCUUUUCUUUUCAUAAGGAGCCUUUUGUGGAUAUGAAAAUGAUUGGUGAAGAGUUACUUCCACAGUCUGAGGCUGAUAAGAUUGAAGCUAUGCUUCAAAACCUAAAGGAGUCAUCUGAGUUCCACAAAAGAUCAUUUGAAUCCGCCAUUGACUCUAUUCGGGCUAUUGCUGCAAGUCACCUUUGGCAGCUCGUGGUUGUUCGUGCUGACUUGAAUGGCCACCUAAAGGCCCUCAAAGAUUAUUUCCUUUUAGCAAAAGGAGAUUUUUUCCAGUGUUUUCUUGAGGAGAGUCGCCACUUGAUGCGUUUACCACCUCGUCAGUCAACUGCUGAAGCUGAUCUUAUGGUUCCAUUUCAGUUGGCUGCAAUAAAGACUAUUGGUGAUGAAGAUAAGUACUUUUCUAGGGUAUCCUUGAGGAUUUCUUCUUUUAGAAUCACAGUUAAAUCCUCUCAAAUGGAUUUACCAAAGGCAAAAACUUAUUCUGAUGGAAAUUCAGAUGCUGCAUCAUCAAAUGCUUCUUCAGAGACAUCGCUUGAUGGAUGGGAUGGUAUUUCUCUUGAAUAUGCUAUUGAUUGGCCUUUGCAGUUGUUCUUUACCCAAGAAGUGAUCUCCAAGUACCACAGGUUAUUCCAGUACUUGCUACGGCUUAAGCGAACUCAAAUGGAAUUGGAGAAGUCAUGGGCUUCUGGUAUGCAUCAAGAUCACACAGAUUUUUCUAAACAUCGAAAUGAUCGCAUAAACUGCUCAAUAUUACAAUUGCGACGGCAACGGUCUAGAUCAAUGUGGCAUGUUAGAGAGCAUAUGGCUUUCUUGAUUAGAAAUCUCCAAUUCUAUAUCCAGGUGGAUGUGAUAGAAUCCCAAUGGAACGUAGUGCAAGCUCAUAUUCAAGAUUCUCAUGAUUUCACUGAACUUGUGGGCUUUCAUCAAGAGUACUUGUCAGCUCUGAUUUCACAGUCCUUCUUGGACAUUGGUUCUGUGUCGAGGAUACUGGACAGCAUAAUGAAGCUUUGUAUGCAGUUCUGCUGGACCAUUGAGAACCAAAAUAGCAGUUCCAAUGCAUCUGAACUGGAACAUAUAACUGAGGAGUUUAAUAAGAAAUCGAACUCUUUAUACACAAUACUGCGUAGCAGCAGACUUGCAGGAAGCCAGCGAGCCCCAUUUCUAAGACGAUUCCUUCUGCGUCUGAACUUCAAUUCUUUCUUUGAGGCUACUGCAAGAGGUGUGCUGAAUGUUGUCAGACCACGCCCAGCCCUUCCUGUUUUAAAUCAACAGUAGAUUUGAUUGUAGUUUUCCAGUUCGUUUGAGGUUUUUUGGUCCCUUCGCAUAGCACUUGCCUACAGUUUUUAUUCUUGUAAAUGUGUAUUUUGUGAUGUACAAACUUUAUUUCUUUUUGGCUUAAGACAUGAAGUAUCCAUUCAUUUUUGGAAGUGUCUGUAGCAGCAGAUAAGUGUAAGUAUGUUUCAGUGUUUAGAUUAAGUAACAGUUAUAUUAUAAGCAAAUAUAUUUUCUGCAAGCAGCCCUUUUAGGUAGCUCAUAGGGCUGGGGCUUAGGUUCUUUUUGCAAGUUUAACCCUACAUAAUGUAACAUGAUGGUAACAUAUAAUUAAUUGGUUAAUCUUCUGAGCUUUGUAGUUCUGCAA